GUGUGCGUGUGUGUGUGUGUGUGUGUGAGGUUGCAUUUCAAAAAUUAACUGCUACAGCUCAUGACAUUAUCGAGCGCAAACACAGGUCAGGCAAAUGCAUGUAACAUUCUCACAUGCAAGAUAAAAACUGGAUCAAUUUGACUUGCUUUCACCUUUUUUUGUAGACCUGCAGUAGGAAUUCCAUGUGGUAGGUGUAUUGGGUUUCAGUGAGGAGACAUAAUCCCCACCCCGCUUACAAACCCACCCCUACUUCACAACCAACCUAGUCCUUCUCACUUCUUUAUUUCCAGAGAGGAAAGAGCAAAUAAUGAGACACUGAGUGGGGCUGCAGCUUUGAAGAGAAAGAGCUUCUUUUUUUUCUUCCCUGGAGGAGUUCUUGUUGUGGAAGUAAAUGCAACACAGCGUACAUUGUGCAAAUAGAAAAGCUUAAGAUCUGCGGGAGCAACUCAGAGAACGUCUUAACCAUAACACAAAAGCCAGUGUGGAGGAAAAGAACUUCCAGCGAUGAAUCCAACCACUGUUGUCAGUGCGCUUUUGUUCCUGCUCCACAUUUCAUCUCAAGACGCAGAAGCACAUAGGCAGCUCAGACAAGUUUCUACUGGAAACCAACCAGGUGUGUGUCGCUAUGGCAGGAGGCUGGAGUGUUGCUACGGCUGGAAGAAAAAUCGCAGAGGCCAGUGUGAGGCUCAGUGUGAGCCAGGCUGCAAGCACGGCGAAUGCGUUGGACCCAACAAAUGCAAGUGCUUCCUGGGAUACACUGGAAAAACAUGCAACCAGGACUUGAACGAAUGUGGCUUGAUCCCUCGUCCGUGUGAACAUCGCUGCAUGAACACCCAUGGCAGUUACAAAUGUUACUGCCUCAACGGAUACACCUUGAUGACUGAUGGAUCUUGUGGCAAUUCCAGGACCUGUUCGCUCGCUCAUUGUCAGUAUGGCUGCGAGGAAGUUCAGGACGAGACUCGCUGCCUCUGCCCCUCUGUGGGACUGCAGCUGGCAGCAGAUGAGAGGACUUGCGUAGAUAUUGACGAAUGUGCGACUGGAAGCAACCUGUGUCCAUAUAACAGGCAAUGUGUGAACACGUUCGGCAGCUAUUUCUGCAAGUGCCGGGAUGGAUUUGAUCUGAAAUAUGUCGAUGGAAAAUAUGACUGUGUGGACCUUGACGAGUGUGCAUCCAGCACCAACAAGUGCAGCCGUCAAGCUGUCUGUCUGAACACUCAAGGAUCAUACAAGUGCAAGUGCAAGUCUGGCUUCCGAGGCAAUGGCUUUGAGUGCUCCGCCAUACCAGACUCCGAAGAAAGGCCGGAAAAUCUGGGCGGUAAACUGGACAAUGAGGGAAUCAAAAACAUUAUUCCUGAACCAGUUGUGACCCCGCCCCCAAGAACACACCAGCAGUCAUUUGACUAUGCUGGAGAGAUCCACACGGGCAAUCCAACUGUGGAGACACCAGUGGAUGAGUUUCCUGAGGAAGAAGAAGAGGAAGAAGAAGAAGAGGAGGAAGACAACCAGCUUAAUCCAAGAGGAGAUGUUUUCACAUCAGAGGACUUUGAAUCCGUUUUUGGUCCAGCCAGAGAGGUCAAACAGUUUGAAACAGCGCCACCUCAGGAAGAGUUUAUCAUGGACUGCAACUUUGAUCAGGGAGCAUGUGAGUGGGUCCAAGACAAGACUGAUGACAUGGACUGGAGCGUAGCUUAUCAUGGAAGAGGGGCUGAGUACUACAUGUCUAUGAGUGGUCUACUUGGGGAGGAGGAGGACGUGGCUAAGCUCAAAUUGCUGCUCAGUGAUCGAACCACACAGGGCAGCUUCUGCCUGACCUUUAGCUAUCGUGUGGUGGGUCAUAACGUGGGCACGCUCAAGGUGCUGCUGGAUAACAACGCUUACCCGGUUUGGGAGCAAAGCCACAGCAGGAAUCAGGAAUGGCAGACGGAGCUCCUCACUGUGGCCUGGAAAGAGGAAGCACCACAAUCAAUCAUCUUUGAAGCUCAGCGUGGGAGACACGUUGGAGGGGAGAUCGGGCUGGACAAUGUUGUGUUGACCUCGGGACCGUGUCAAGAAGAUGACUCUCCGAUCUUUUAGGAAUCAAAUGUAUCAGUCAUAUCGACAAUCUUUCAAAGACAUUAAGACAUUCUAAGAGUCAGUGAUUGCAUAUUAGCUGAAAUUGGAUGGCCUGAUUUUUUUAUAAAAAUCUUAAAAUACUGAAAGGCCAACACUUGAUGGUCAAGUUCAGUCAUUAUGUAUAAUAGAUUGCUUUAAGAAUAUUUUUGUUGUGUAAUUUGAAACUUGGUGUGACAUCAAUAGUUAGGCUACUUUGUAUGAUUUUAUCAAAACUAUCUGUGGAUUACUGCUGUAAAUUCUGCUUUCUCAUCUCUCUGUAGUUUUACAUUAAAUCUCUUGUUUUAUA